ACACACAGACAUGUACAUAUACACACACAGACACGCAUACACACAGAUACAUGUACACACAAACACACACGUACAUACACGCAGACACAUGUACAAUUGUACAUGCAUACACAGACACACACAAACACACAAGUACACGUACACACACAUAAAAAGUUGCAGUACUUCGUUGUUCACUCACAGAUCUGAGUACUGCACUCUAGAGGGAGGCAGAGAGCACAGCACACACUCCUUGCUUCACUGCGCUCAGCUAUUGAGCAGUCUGACGGCUCCCAGUGCCAAUGACAGAUCCGGCCUGAGCUCCGAGCCUGCUCAGCAAGACGGCCCUGGGGGACACACUCGCCCCCACCAUAAUUUCCACUCGCCAUUGGCGAGCAGGCGAGUGGAAAUUUCAAGCCCU